ACGAGAGCUCAGUGCUACGCGAGCCGCGACGCGGGAAUAGCAGCGUCGUGGUCAGCGUCGGCCGUCAUGUAACCUAGCGCGAUACCAUGGCGGACCGUCCCCGUAGACCCAAGUACACCAAGACCAGUAGUAACAGUAGUACUAGUGUAGACCCAAAGCUGGAGGACAUGGGUAAACCACGGCCCGACGUCAGUCCGGGAGGUUCUAAAGAGACACCGGAGAAGAAGAGAAGUCGGCCGAAGAGGGAAAGAUGGCUCCUCACCCGCAAAACCUGGAGAUACAUGGCGGACGCUGGGAGAAGACUCAUCCCGGAGGGACUCCAGAACAGGCCCGAGGAUGUUCCAAGGAUCGAGGCUUACUUCCAGGAAGUGUGCCACAAGGAACCGAGGUUUUUGCUGUGGAGGAAGCAGUCUUACCCGGGAGCUCUGGGGAUCCGCCAUCGCGGAAGAUCGAGAGGAGGCAGAAAAAAGAUCGGUGGUAGUUGUCGUGACAAAACUAGUUCUGCCGAUGAGGCUGAGGAUAUCAAGAAAGGUGCCACUGCGAGGUUGACUCCUCAACAAGCACGUAAGUUAGGCAGUAAACUCGAUCUAAAAAAAUUGAAAGAAGAUUUCCUCCUUGGAAUUUCCAAUACCUCACAGCCUCAAAGUACAGUAUCGUCUCCCGAGGAAGAGAGCAACUUACUUUUAGAAACGCUUGAAAUGUACCUGAAUGAAAAACCUUCCGAUUCAAAGAGUCCUAGUACCUUGAGAUCUUCGUUUAACCACGAAGAGCUACUAGAAAAACUUCGAGAACAUUUGGACAGCAUCGAGAGAUUGGCUGCGGAGGAGCGAGCUCGAACUCCCAGGCCGACGAGCGUCCACUUCGAAGGUGAUAACACGCAGAAAAUGCUUUUAGAAACUUUAAGGAGAUACUUCGGAAAAUCAACUAACAGGGAAAAGGUUAUCAGUGAUAUUUUAACAGAUAGGAAAUCACUCGAGGGGUUGUAUUUCGAUUUGAGAAAAGCGCGAGGGUUCAAAAGUGGCCGUAGCAGUGGUGAAAGUGUUGGUGCGGGUUAUAGUGCGACAGCAGUUAGACGACAGUGGAAACCCAGAGGGGGUGAGAGGUCCUUCCUGUACCAGGACUUGCGAGAGGAGGACGCCGACGAAGAGGUUGGAUCCUCAGACUCGAGACAAGAAGUGACGAGUGAAACAUCACCUCCUCCACUGAUACAGAUUAAACCUGACAUUGAACCUCCGGUAAAGACGUUCGCGACGCAAACAGAAGCCAUACCUGCCAGUGUCUUAGUGGCUAUACAAGACGAGUUAAAAAGGUUAAAACUAGCUAAAGAAGCCGAACAGAAAGUGGAAGAGGAUAAACCAAAGCCAAAACCAUACACGAGGAGAAGUAGUGUGACGGAUAACGACGACGUUUCACCUUCAGUAGGAGACACAAUAAAGCGAUAUCUCCGGAUGGCGAGGAAGAAAAGUGUGGACUCGGACAAAGCAGACAGGUUCAAAAGAGUGAAUUACGAUCAAAACAUUAGAAACAUAAGACCCAAGGGUGAAAUAACGCAGAUUGGAGACGACGACGGUCUCGACAAAGGAAGUCAAACGGAAGAGUCUUGGGUGGUGGCGUUAAAGGAGUUAAAGCUGGAAGACAAAUUGUACGAAACGACCAGCCCGACCGAAGAGCAUUUCAGCUCCAGGAUCACUAGCUCCAGAAGCAGCGUGGACACCGGAGUGGAAGACCUCUCCUCUCCUCCUCAAACUCCAAUUCCACCCACAAAAUCGCCCUCGGGAAUUUUACAAACGGGUCAAACGUUCUUGUCGAACCUGUUGCACCAAAAAUCUCGUAACAACUCCUCUGUGUCCGCAGUGCCUGGUGCCAUGCAGAAGUCCAAGUCCACCUCCAGCGUGGUCGUCAAGAAGAUCUGGAAGUCGAGGUCCAAGAGUCAGACGAGGGUGACAUCUCCAACCUCUGCCUGGACUCCUCAGGGUAACUGUCAGUGGACCAAUGGCGUUGGACGGACUGUCACAUUGUCGGACACGACGUUGUUGCAAUUGUCCGACAUUGAGAGGAGAGUCCUUCAAAAAGUCGCCCUCGCUAAACUGCAAGCUCUCAACUUGGGGGUCGCUGUUAGGAUACCUUCUGAUAAUGUGUCGGCGAGCACGGUGCAAAAGCCUAAGCGAAGAGCGUACCUGCUCAAGCGUAAGGCCAUCACCACUGGCCUCUUCGACACCAAGUCUGGCAAAGAAGACAAGGAAAAGGUGGAGGGUGGUGGCCUUGUCUUCGGCAUUCCCCUGGGCCAGUGUGUGGAGAACGAGCGUCUCGCCAGGUCCAAGGGUGAUUCUCUGCUAGGAGAUGACUCGGAUCUGAGGCGGAAGUCCCACCACGGAAGUCGCUCAAGCUUCAGCAGCCUGAUAGAGCAUGGCGCAAAGGAUGAGAAAGGUUCCUCUGAGAGUCUGAUGUCCCCGACGCUGAGUAUGCCUGGACUGUUGGACUCCCUGUCAGUAGGCUCGGCCCUGGAUCUCAGUCUAGAGCAGGGCGGAGUACCAAACAUCGUCAGUUCCUGUCUCAGGCACCUGGAGAACCACGGGCUCCACACCCUCGGCAUCUUCAGAGUCAGCAGUUCCAAGAAGAGAGUACGGCAGCUGAGAGAAGACUUUGACUGUGGGAAGGAGAUGACGAUGGAAGCAGACUUAUGUCCUCAUGAUGUCGCAACAUUGCUCAAAGAGUACUUCAGAGAUCUUCCAGACUCCCUAUUGUGCAAAGAUCUCUACCAGGCCUUCAUUCAGACACAGAGGAUACGGAACAGGCGGUUACAGCAAGAAGCAUUGCAACAUCUGGUCCAACUGUUGCCUGUGCCCAACCGAGACACUCUGUACGCCUUGCUCUGUCUACUGGCUGAAGUGGCCCACAAUUCGGAGGAUCACAAAGACAACUCAGGAGAAUGGGUGGUGGGCAACAAGAUGGACAGCAACAACUUGGCGACACUGUUUGCUCCCAACAUCCUGCAUCCUUGUAAACCUUCUGGGAAGGAUGAGUUGAGUGCGGAGCGCACAGAGGAGCGCAGCGACGCUAUCAAUGUCAUCCGAGCGCUCAUCGACAACUAUCGAGAUCUCUACCUGGUUUCAGCAGAUUUGCUUCACGAGAUUUACGUCCACAUGAUGGACUCUCAUCCUGAAUUCUUAGACCAAAUAAUGCAAAAAAAGGAUUUAGCUACUGAAGAGACUGAGGAUCUAGACAACAGCACGGUGUCGGAUGAGAGGUUCCAGAUCUCUCAAGAGUCACUGAUGGAGCGCAAAGUCUGGUCACGAGAGGCGUUCACCCACGAGACUGCGGGGAUGGGUGGACCUGACCUGGAGAUGAAACCUAGUAAAAAAGAAAAGGAAAGAACUCGAGAACGUGUGACCAAAAAGCGUUGGAGAGAAGAACAAACAAUGACAACCAGAAGAAGAAUAGACUCUGACCAAUCUACUCCCUCAAGGAGGACCUCUUCUACAAGUCAUCCUGAUGAAUCUCUCUACAUUGAGGAUCCUAUGAUGGUUAGAGGUAAGGGGGGAGAGAGAGGGGUGAUCACAGCUACACUUAAGAUACCUGUGCCUGCCUCUACAUCACUCACACUGGGUCUGGACGACUCGGACAUCCCAUACAUCGAAGACCAGGAUAGGCAUCAUGUUACAGUAAGAUCAUCUGAUUCUUCACAAGCGUCCACGUACAUCCACCACGUCGCUAUUGCCACUGAUUCAGCCGUCGGUUCGUCAGUAAGUCCUCCUCGUAACUCUGUCAGCAGUUACAGCAGUGGAGGAGUGUUUAGUUCCCCUCCCUCUUGGGCUUCCUCCCCACCCACCUCCCCCGAUUCCACUGUUUCCCCCUCCUCCUACCUGCCUGAAGACACCCCUGCCACCACUGCACGUAUUACCAUUCCUACAAAACGAACACCUGAUCCUCAGCAAAGGGUAACCAUCCAGAGGGUAACGAUCAAGACUGCCGGUGAAGUUCAACAGGUGAAGCAGACGUACAGCCGCCAAGAGUCGUCCAGCUCAUUGUCUCAGACGCAGACGCAGGAGAGAGAACGACGUCGAAGCAAAGACUCACCUUACCAGCGGCUGGGAGUGGGGAGUGGCGAGAAACUGUCAAAGAGUGCGAGCUCUACCGCAGUGACGCAAGCGGUAGAGCGAACGAUCCCGAUAGUGCAGGAAGUGGACCGAGACAGGACAUCCACCCCGAGCAUUUCCAGUAUAGGGGGGGCGGUCAUGCGAUCAAAGACGGCCGACAUCGAGCGAAUGCUCAAAAUACAGACUACCAAACAAAGUAAAAAGAGUACGAGUGAGGAGGAUAAAAAGAUCAAACGGAAGUACACGGACAGUCGCCACUUGACGAGAUCUCUCCCUCAGGCUACGGAGACGGCCGAAACUGCGACAACGUCGACAACAACCACACUGUGGAAGCGGAGGGAGAUAAUUUCCAGUGAACCAAAAGAAAGGAAAGGGUUACCAAAUAAAAUGUAAAUACUGUGUAAAGACAGUGCCUUCAUUUAAGUCAUGUUUAUAUUAGAUGUUAUUUUCUUUAUUAAAUUAAACUAU